AUGAAGUUCGUCGCUGCCCUGUCCUUCGUCGCCCUCGCGGCCGCCGCCGUUGUCGAGCCCCGCCACUGCGCCGGCAACAACUGCAACCGUGCCGUCACUGGCACCCGGCCCGGCCUCCUCCCGCUGACGGAGCGCUCCUCGAGCUGCGCGAGCUUCCUGCUCACCACCGUCACCCCGGCCGCUUCCACCGUCACGGUAACAGUCGACGAGGAGGACCUGCCGACCCCGACCCCGGCCAAGCGCGCGGCCCAGCUCAACGCGCGCCAGGAGACGGUGGUGCCGACCGCGAUCCCCGAGUUCGCCGAGAACUGCGCCGACGCGGCCGAGUUCGUCUCGGCCUGCUCGUGCUUCGGCGUCACCGGCUCCGUCACCACCGCGCCCGCGCCGACGGUUACCGUUACGACGACGAUUGAUUACUGCGAGGAUAUCUGA